AUCGAUUGGCGUCGUACUUUCAUAACAACCGAUGUUAAUCCUUAUUAUGAUUCGUUUGUGUGUUGGCAAUUUCGCAAGUUACGUGAAGCGAAGAAAAUAGAUUUUGGUAAGAGGUACACGAUAUACUCACCGAAAGAUGGUCAACCGUGUAUGGAUCACGACAGAUCGAGUGGCGAGGGCGUAGCACCUCAGGAGUACACUCUUAUCAAACUCAAGGUUUUGGAUCCGAAACCAAAGGUUCUGGCUAACAUCACCAAGCCAAUAUAUCUGGUGGCCGCAACGUUAAGACCGGAAACGAUGUACGGUCAGACGAAUUGCUAUCUUCAUCCGGAUAUCAAGUACUCAGUUUUCUAUGCGAAUCCGGACGAGAGUGAGGUGUUCGUGGCCACUGCAAGAGCGGCUCGGAAUAUGAGUUAUCAAGGAAUGACUGCUGAGAAUGGAGUGGUGCAUUACGUUGAUGGAUUGGAAAGGGUAGCUGGCAGUGAGUUGCUCGGUGCUGCGCUGAAAGGUCCGAUGACAAAGUACGAGAGAAUUUAUGCGUUGCCGAUGUUAACGGUUAAAGAUGAUAAGGGCACUGGUGUAGUGACUAGUGUGCCGUCAGAUGCGCCUGAUGAUUAUGCGGCAUUAUGCGAUCUGAAGAGAAAGAAGGCAUUCCGUGAAAAGUAUGGCAUCAAAGAUGAGAUGGUGAUACCCUUUGAGCCGAUUCCAAUAAUUCAAAUUCCCGAGUAUGGAAACUUAGCGGCCGUUUUUAUGUGUGAAAAGCUGAAAGUGGAAAGUCAAAAUGAACGCGAUAAAUUGGAAGAGGCGAAAAAAGAAGUUUAUCUGAAAGGAUUUUAUGACGGGGUUGGUGUGUUCUGGAAUUUUUUAAUUUGA